AUGAAGCCCAGCAUAGGCUACUAUACAGUAGAAGCGCGCAUCCUACCUUGCACGACCACCACCCUCGUAUUGAAAGACACCUCUUUGUUUGAAGAGCUCGGAGUGGGGUCAUCUCCCUCGAACAGUUGGUUCACCUCGCCCUGGAUGUCUGACACGUUACGGCCGCCGUCGCUCUUGGAGAAGGCGGUCACAGUAAACCUCUGGCUCAUGGUGUCGCCGGCGGUACCUCACAACUGUGAAACAAGCGGCGAGUCUCCUGCCUUGGCGGCGCCCCGGUGGAGGAAUUCACCGAGGAUGCAGAUGCAGACGCAGAUAGAAGCUCCUGACAGCUGUUGAGAGGGCUGUACACAGACCCAAGUGAUUGUCCUCGGUAUCAUUGACUAGAUCUCUAUCGGCAACAAGUUUCCCUCUGUCUUGUCUUUGGAAACUGCGGCGUUUUGUUCGUUGAUAUGAGAUAUUGAAUGAUGAGAAUAAGCUAUCACAUCAACCGGUGUCUGGAAACGGUUGCGCACCUGGGUCCUAAAGCCGGUGUAAUAUUGGUAAAUAGGUAGUAUAGAUAGACUACCUUUUACCAUAAAUGACUAUGUACAAUUAGUGCUUCCAACCAUGUGCAUUAGCCCCAUAUUGUAAGCAAUGCCACUUUUAUAGAUAUCUCCCUUAUUGCCUGUAAGUCACUUCAUUUCGUAUGUAAAUAAAUGAGAGGUGGUAAUGAAGUAUCCAAUUUCUUGAUAGCCUAUGCAGCAUUUGAAAUAACAAUGUUUAUACACUGAACAAAAAUCUAAACGCAACAUGUAAAGUGUUGGUCCCAUGUUUUAUGAGCUGAAAUAAAAGAUCCCAGAAAUGUUCCAUAAGCACAAAAAGCUUAUUUCUCUCAAAUGUUGUGCACAAAUUUGUUUACAUCCGUAUUAGUGAUCAUUUCUUCUUUGCCAGGAUAAUCCAUCCACAUGACAGGUGUGGCAUAUCAAGAAGCUGAUUAAAAACAGCAUGAUCAUUACACAGGUGCACCUUGUGCUGGGGACAAUAAAAUGUGCAGUUUUGUCACACAACACAAUGCCACAGAUGUCUCAAGCUCUGAGGGAGCAUGCAAUUGGCAUGUUGACUGCAGGAAUGUCCACCAGAGCUGUUGCCAGAUAAUGUAAUGUUAAUUUCUCUACCAUAAGCCUGCUCCAACAUUGUUUUAGAGAAUUUGGCAGUACAUCCAACUGGCCUUAUAACCACAGACCACGUGUAACCACGCCAGCCCAGGACCUCCACAUCCGGCUUCUUCACCUGCAGGAUCGUCUGAGACCAGCCACCCAGACAGCUGAUGAAACUGUGGGUUUGCACAACCAAAGAAUUUCGGCACAAAUUGUCAGAAACUGUCUCAGGGAAGCUCAUCUGCAUUUUCGUUGUCCUCACCAGGGUCUUGACCUGACUGCAGUUCAGCGUCAUAACCGACUUCAGUGGGCAAAUGCUCACCUUUGAUGGACACUGGCACGCUGGAGAAGUGUGCUCUUCAAGGAUGAAUCCCAGUUUCAACUGUAUCAGGCAGAUGGCAGACAGCGUGUAUAGCAUCAUGUGUGGGCGAGCGGUUUGCUGAUGUCAACGUUGUGAAAAGAGUGCCCCAUGGUGGAGGUGGGGUUAUGGUAUGGGCAGGCAUAAGCUACGGACAACAAACACAAUUGCAUUUUAUUGAUGGCAAUUUGAAUGCACAGAGAUAUCUUGAUGAGAUCCUGAGGCCCAUUGUCGUGCCAUUCAUCUGCUGCCAUCACCUCAUGUUUCAUCAUGAUAAUGCAUGGCCCGAUGUCGCAAGGAUCUGUACACAAUUCCUGGAAGCUAAAAAUGUCCCAGUUCUUCCAUGGCCUGCAUACUCACCAGACAUGUCACCCAUUGAUCACGUUUGGGAUGCUCUGGAUUGACAUGUAGGACAGUGUGUUCCAGUUCCCGCCAAUAUCCAGCAACUUCGUACAGCCAUUGAAGAGGAGUGGGACAACAUUCCACAGGUCACAAUCAACAGCCUGAUCAACUCUAUACUAAGGAGAUGUGUCAUGCUGCAUGAGGAAAAUGGUGGUCACACCAGAUACUGACUGGUUUUCUGCCCCUACCUUUUUUAAAGGCAUCUGUGACCAACAGAUGCAUAUCUGUAUUCCCAGUCAUGUGAAAUCCAUAGAUUAGGGCCGAAUUAAUUUAUUUCAAUUGACUGAUUUUCUUACAUGAACUGUAACUCAGUAAAAUAUUUGAAAUAGUUGCAUGUUGUGUUUAUAUUUUUGUUCAGUGUGUUUUCAUGAAAUAGAAACCCGUUUUAGGAAAUGAGUAAAGUAAAUGAGAAGUCUUCCUCAAGUCACAUUUGAUGGGUAUGACCCAGGAUCCCCGAUAUUCACAUUUCUGGUAGCCUACAAUGCAUAGCCUAUACACAACAAUAUAAUAGUAAUAAUAAUAAUAGCAAUAAUAAUAAUGUAGUAUUAUUAAUAUACACAUGUAUAAUCAAUCAUUGUAUGUAUUAUUAUUAUUACUAUUGUUAUUUAGUCUGCCUUCUCCCUACUCAUUACCAUAACUAUAGAUUAUUGACUUUAGCACAAGGGAAUCACGUGAUGAAGUUUUCGAGGGAACGCCAUGGGUAGAGGAAUGUUUGCUGGACUCUUAGUGUAGCCUAACAUUCAUGCAAGUUGUGUUUUUAUUCUCAAACUCUUUACUGUAACGGUAAUGUAGCCUACUCUGAAAUAUUUUGUAGUUUAUAUCUUAUUUUGACUUGAAUUUGAAAUAGCUUGACUCGGUCAAUUUGCAGUGUGGACUUUGCACGGACAUAAACGAAGUUGAGUGUUCGAGUUUAUAAGUAAACGUUGGUUAUGCUCAAACUCAAUGAUUAUACUUAACGUUUUGUUAUUGAAAGAGUCAUUUUUCCAGAGCCUACGCCUUUUGAAGUUACAUUGUAUCCGUUCUGCAGCUGUUGAAUAUAGCCUACCAUUAAUUGGUAGUCACAAGGCUGGAAUUGGACAGAAGGCUGGAAAUACACAGACAGAAUCUCAAAAAGUAAGGGUGUUUUUUGUGAGUGACGUUUUAGCUUUGAGCAGUGAGUUUCCUCAGCUAGACCUAUAUCAGAAAUUGUAAUUAUGCUGAUGAUGUACCCUCAAAUUGAAAUUUUCUUGAUCAGCCUUUGACAAGUACCUCAACUCCAUAAUGAUUUCAUCCACGGAGUUGAGAGCGCAGACUAUAAUUUUUCAAAUGAACCUUCGAGUCGCUAUGCAGUCAAUACUUUAAAAUCCUUGUACCUAUGUUCAUCCUCUGUUGUUGAGUGCCUUUCUUUGUUUGCUAAAAUUGACAUGUUUAAAUAUAACUUUAAUCAAGUUCAACCACCGACUGUUUUCUUGUUGAGAUUGUUGGCACAUGCGCAUUCCUGAGUUGCCAUUUUAGAGCAACAGCAAUAAGUAACAGUUGGUGGUUGUAUUUAACUAACGUUUUAUUAUAAGGUUUUAUAAAAAAAAAAUAUGGAUUUUAGCAAACAAAGAAAGGCACACAAUAACAGAGGACAAACAUACGUACACGGUAAAGGUUUAAGAAUGUACAUUUUGAAGUAUCGACUGCAUAGCAACUCGAAAGAGUCAUAUGUUCAUGAAAAAAAACUCUAGUCUGCACUCAACUCCGUGGAUGAAGUCAUCGUGAAGUUGAGGUACUUGGCAAGAUCAGCCCUGACCUAAUAGUGGGUUGAUAUGACAUUGGUAUGACACAUUUGAAAUACAUGUAGUGGUCUAGUAGAUAUGACAUUGGUAUUACAAAUAUGAACAUGAAAUUGUAAGAACGAGCCUAACAUGCAAAAUAUAUUUGAAUGAUGGGGACUUCGUAUUCAAUUACCCUAUCUUCAUUAUACAUUGUAUGGUGUUAAGUAACAGUAAAUACAUUUAGAAGAGAACACCAGAUUCACUGAGAACACCAGGUAGGUAGGUUACACUGAGAACACCAGAUAGGUAGGUUACACUGAGAACACCAGGUAGGUUACACUGAGAACAUCGGAUAGGUUACUCUGAGAACAUCGGAUAGGUUACACUGAGAACAUCGGAUAGGUUACUCUGAGAACAUCGGAUAGGUUACUCUGAGAACAUCGGAUAGGUUACACUGAGAACAUCGGAUAGGUUACACUGAGAACAUCAGGUAGAUUACACUGAGAACACCAGGUAGGUUACACUGAGAACAUCAGGUAGGUUACACUGAUAACACCAGGUAGGUUACACUGAGAACAUCAGGUAGGUUACACUGAGAACAUCAGGUAGGUUACACUGAGAACAUCAGGUAGGUUACACUGAGAACACCAGGCAGGUUACACUGAGAACACCAGGUAGGUUACACUGAGAACACCAGGUAGGUUACACUGAGAACAUCGGAUAGGUUACACUGAUAACACCAGGUAGGUUACACUGAGAACAUCAGGUAGGUUACACUGAGAACAUCAGGUAGGUUACACUGAGAACAUCGGAUAGGUUACACUGAUAACACCAGGUAGGUUACACUGAGAACACCAGGUAGGUUACACUGAGAACACCAGGUAGGUUACACUGAGAACACCAGACAGGUUACACUGAGAACAUCGGAUAGGUUACACUGAUAACACCAGGUAGGUUACACUGAGAACACCAGGUAGGUUACACUGAGAACAUCAGGUAGGUUACACUGAGAACAUCAGGUAGGUUACACUGAUAACACCAGGCAGGUUACACUGAGAACACCAGGUAGGUUACACUGAGAACAUCAGGCAGGUUACACUGAGAACAUCGGAUAGGUUACACUGAUAACACCAGGUAGGUUACACUGAGAACAUCAGGUAGGUUACACUGAUAACACCAGGUAGGUUACACUGAGAACAUCAGGUAGGUUACACUGAGAACAUCAGGUAGGUUACACUGAGAACAUCAGGUAGGUUACACUGAGAACAUCAGGUAGGUUACACUGAGAACACCAGGCAGGUUACACUGAGAACAUCGGGUAGGUUACACUGAGAACAUCAGGUAGGUUACACAGGGUACUGUAUUGUUUGGAGAAUUGAAAUCUACCAACAACUUCUAUUACUGUGUUUUUAUUACCAUACAUUUUAAUUUUCAUUGAAUUCAUUCAAUAUAUUAUAUAUUGUAGUACUAAAGUAUGGUAUGGUAUAAUACUCUGGAACAUUCCACAGUUUGUAACUACACCUUAUGGAGAGGUCUAAUCAUAUGUAAUAUUUCCUUCCAAUAGUGCAUUUUAUGGUUCGCCGAUACAGACCCUCCGACAAGGAUGCUGUCUUAACCCUGUUCAGUGAUGGCAUCUUGGAGCACAUCAACCCUUCGUUCUACAACGCCAUCAGCAACCCUGUCAAUGUGGGUGUGACCCUGUUCCUUUCUGUGUCUGGGUACAUGCUGGGAGGUGGGUCUACUCUCUGGGCCUUGCUGUUGGCUGGAGCCUGGGUAGGUCUGGUCUACUACUGCUGCAGCCAACUGUACACCAGCUUCGUCAGAGAGAGACUGCGCACGGACAUGCAGGACAUUCCAGGAUGCUACCUGAGCCACCCCGAUAACUGCUUCUGGGUGGCUGAGACUGAGGUCAACGGCAGGGUUGAGAUUUUAGGUAUGGUGGCCGUUGUGGCCAAAAAGGUGGUGGGCGGAAGAGACGGGGAGAUGUGUGGUGAACUAUUCAGAAUGAUUAUAUCGUCGAAGUGUCGUCGGACAGGGCUCGGUUCCAGGAUGACCCAGACCGUUAUUGACUUUUGUAAGGAGCGAGGGUUCUCUAAGGUCGUCCUGGAAACCAGUUCUACCCAGACUUCUGCAGUGGCCCUGUAUAAGAAGGUAGGCUUCUCACACAUCCUCUCACACACCAAGACGUACUCUCCUGAAUGGAUGACAUUGGUAUCCCGUGUCACCAUUCUGAAGAUGGAAAAAGUCAUAUAGGCCUUCCCUUGAAUUUGAAUUGUCAGUGUUAAGACGUGCAACUUUUUGGUUCUUUUUUGUUCUGAAGCACAGAUUAAAUGUAUUUGAUACAAGAAUUUGAUGCAAAACCGUAGGCCUAUAUUAGUGACUAGAUCGAAUAAGCAAAGGUAUGAAUAUAAAAUAGAAAUAGUAUAUGUAGCCUAUUAAA